UCCGGAAGCGGCGGAGUCCGGACGCCGAAGCGCUUUUCCCGUGCAGUGGGGGCGCUGGUCGCUGUCACUCGGGCGCCGGGCGGCUCUGGUCUAACGCAGAGGGGAAAGCCCUGAAUUUCUCUUGGUUCUCUGUGGCAGCAGAAUCCACUAUCCAACAUGUCGAGCAAAAAGGCAAAGAAGACCACAAAGAAGCGUCCUCAACGAGCAACUUCCAACGUAUUUGCUAUGUUUGACCAGUCACAGAUUCAAGAAUUCAAGGAGGCUUUUAACAUGAUUGAUCAGAACAGAGAUGGUUUCAUCGACAAAGAAGAUUUGCAUGAUAUGCUUGCUUCCUUGGGGAAGAAUCCAACUGAUGCAUACCUAGAUGCUAUGAUGAGUGAGGCUCUAGGUCCAAUAAACUUCACCAUGUUUCUUACUAUGUUUGGUGAGAAAUUAAAUGGAACAGAUCCAGAAGAUGUGAUUCGAAAUGCUUUUGCUUGCUUUGAUGAAGAAGCAACAGGCACCAUUCAGGAAGAUUACCUGAGAGAACUACUGACAACAAUGGGGGACCGAUUUACAGAUGAAGAAGUAGAUGAGCUGUAUAGAGAAGCGCCUAUUGACAAAAAGGGAAAUUUCAAUUAUAUUGAGUUCACACGCAUCCUUAAACAUGGAGCAAAAGACAAAGAUGACUGAAAGGAAUCUCCUAUCUGUCAGUUAUUCCUGUUUCACUUAUGAAUCAUUCCAUUCCUAAGACUCCUUUUUUUUCCCUGAUAGAACCUGCUGCAUACACUUAGCUUCACAGCUUUGGCUUUUCUUAUGUAUUUAUUCUAGGCCCUUCUACCAUAAUGUGUUUGUGUAAUCAGACUGGAAAUGGGGAUGAUGUAAAUUGUUUUGAAAAGAGUUUGAGAAUUGAAAAAAAAAAAAUCAAUGAAUGUGAAAGCCCAGAAAAAAAGAAUCUCAAUAUUUCUGGUUUUGCUGGAUUUUUACAUUUUUAUAAUAUAAAUGCUAUUUUGAAAUAAAGAUUAUGUCAAUUCAAAGUAAAAUAUCAUGGCAAGUUAAACAGAUGUGUGGGGAUUUUUGGAACUAUUUUUGGGAGAUUUUCAACUUUACUUGGUUCAAAUCACAUGGUCAAGCUGCUUUGCCAAUGUGAGUAUUUCAAUAGUAUAUAUCUGGACUUUAUUUAACAUUAAUGUGAAGUAAAAACUGUUAUAUCUA